AUGCGCGGUGAGAACCGGCCCCGCAACGCGGGGCCCCAGCGCGGCCGAGCGACCCAAGGCAAGUCCGCUUCCGCCCCCAGCCCACAUGGCCGCGGCCGCCCGCGCCCCUACCCAGCGUGCGCCCCGCGAGGCCGGGGUCCGGUGGGGCCCCAGAUCCCCCGGAGGAGAGAGGGGGCGGCGGCGCUUCACACUGUGGGGAGGAGGAAGCGCGACCGGCGCGGCCGCGGGGGGAAGAGGAGGAGAGCGGUUGUGCGAUCAGAUCGAUCUAAGAUGGCGACUGUGGAACCGGAAACCACCCCUACUCCUAAUCCCCCACCUACAGAAGAAGAGAAAACAGAAUCUAAUCAGGAGGUUGCUAACCCAGAACACUAUAUUAAACAUCCUUUACAGAACAGAUGGGCACUCUGGUUUUUUAAAAAUGAUAAAAGCAAAACUUGGCAAGCAAACCUUCGGCUGAUCUCUAAGUUUGAUACUGUUGAAGACUUUUGGGCUCUGUACAACCAUAUCCAGUUGUCUAGUAAUUUAAUGCCUGGCUGUGACUACUCACUUUUUAAGGAUGGUAUUGAGCCUAUGUGGGAAGAUGAGAAAAACAAACGAGGAGGACGAUGGCUAAUUACAUUGAACAAACAGCAGAGACGAAGUGACCUUGAUCGCUUUUGGCUAGAGACACUGCUGUGCCUUAUUGGAGAAUCUUUUGAUGACUACAGUGAUGAUGUAUGUGGAGCUGUGGUUAAUGUUAGAGCUAAAGGUGAUAAAAUAGCAAUAUGGACUACUGAAUGUGAAAACAGAGAAGCUGUUACACAUAUAGGGAGGGUAUACAAGGAAAGGUUAGGACUUCCUCCAAAGAUAGUGAUUGGUUAUCAGUCCCAUGCAGACACAGCUACUAAGAGCGGCUCCACCACUAAAAAUAGGUUUGUUGUUUAAGAAGACACCUUCUGAGUAUUCUCAUAGGAGACUGCGUCGAGCAAUCGAGAUUUGGGAGCUGAACCAAAGCCUCUUCAAAAGCAGAGUGGACUGCAUUUAAAUUUGAUUUCCAUCUAAAUGUUGCUAAGAUAUAAGAGAAGUCUCAUUCGCCUUUGUCUUGUACUUCUGUGUUCGUUUUUUUUUUUUUUUUUUAAUUUUGGCUACUAGAGUGUCCUCUGUCCCAAUCAAAGAAGUGCAGUCAGUACACAUCGUCCCCAGAAUCCAUAAAUGUGUUCCGGGCCCACUCUGUAAUAGCUUAAAAAAAUUAACCAUUACACACACAUUUGACCCAUCUACAAUAUUAAAGAAAAGAAUUUGCAUUUCUAUACCUUACAAGAGAACGAUUCUGUUUAUGUUCCAUUGUAUGCAGGAGCAUAUUUUGCUGGUUUGAAAGAGUAUGAUGCAUACAGUUUUCUAACAAUUUUCUUUGUUUCUUUUUACAGCAUUGUCUGUGCUGUACUCUUGCUGAUGGCUGCUAGAUUUUAAUUUAUUUGUUUCCCUACUUGAUAACAUUAGUGAUUCUGAUUUCAGUUUUUCAUUUGUUUUGCUUUUGUUUUUCUCCUCAUGUAACAUUGGUGAAGGAUCCAGGAAUAUGACACAAAGGUGGAAUAAACAUUAAUUUUGUGCAUUCUUUGGUAAUUUUUUUGUUUUUUUGUAACUACAAAGCUUUGCUACAAAUUUAUGCAUUUCAUUCAAAUCAGUGAUCUAUGUUUGUGUGAUUUCCUAAACAUAAUUGUGGAUUAUAAAAAAUGUAACAUCAUAAUUACAUUCCUAAUUAGAAUUAGUAUGUCUGUUUUUGUAUCUUUAUGCUGUAUUUUAACACUUUGUUAUACUUAGGUUAUUUUGCUUUGGUUAAAAAAUGGCUCAAGUAGAAAAGCGGUCCCAUUCAUAUUAAGACAGUGUACAAAACUGUAAAUAAAAUGUGUACAGUGAAUUGUCUUUUAGACAACUAGAUUUGUCCUUUUAUUUCUCCAUCUCUAUAGAAGGAAUUUGUACUUCGUAUUGCAAGGCAGUCUCUAUGGUGUCUUCUUGUAGUGUCUUCCACAUGAAUAGCGUAAGUUUGGAGCAUUAGUUUGAUUAUUAUGUUUAUUUUAAUUUUUAAUAAAUUGAAUAGGUAGCAUCAUAUAUAUAUGGAAUUAAA